AUGAGCGGAGGAUGCUUGUGCAGUGCUGUGCAGCGCAGGCUGACGGGUGCGGUGCCAGAAUCGGACCGACCAGGUGUGUAUGGAUACGUGGAGCGCCUCUGUGCCGUUUGGCAUGGCUGCCUGGGAUCCUUUGCUGUGGGCGUGUUGAUUCUGUUGGAUCUUGGUCGGCACAUGAGGGAUGACUACGCCCUGACCACUUUGUCCGGCAAGCCAGUUGAAAAAGGUGCUGUGAUCCUCGCGAGACCAGGCACGCUCGACCAGGAAGAUGCGGACCUCAGCAGGUGCCUUGCCAUGAUGCAAGAAGACCUCCUCGUGGUUGCUGGCGAAUUCUUUGGAAUGCGGAACCUCGUGUUAUUCAUGUCCGGUGCCAUCCUCUUCGGAAUUGGCCUCCAGCUUACGCUGAGGUUUUCGAGGGUUAGAGUCAGUGUUCUCGGGUGUUUUUUCGGAGUGGCGCUUUGCUGUCAUUGUGGUGAGAGCCGGAUUCAAGUGCGGUACAGACAUGCCCAAGAGUGCAUAACUAGUCCUAGGUGA